AUAACCUUCUCGAGAAUGGGUGAUAGAAUUCAAAGGUUGAAUCAAGUUGCUCAAGAUGGAGAUAUUGUUGCGAAAAUUCAGAGGUUGAAUGGGAUUGCUCAACAGGGAGAUAUUGAUGCCUUUUACAAUAUAAUUCGGGAGGAUGUAAAACUUUUGGAGCACAUCGAUGAGUUCCCAUUUAUUGAUACUCCUUUACACAUAUCUGCAUCUGCUGGACAUUUCCCAUUUUCCCGUGAGAUGAUGAUAUUAAAGCCCUCUUUUGUCAGCAAGCGAAAUCUAGACGGGUAUACCCCUAUUUACCUUGCUCUAUUGAAUGGGCAUACAGAGAUGGUGCGUCAACUUCUACAACACAAUGCAGACCUCGUUCGUGUCAAAGGGAGGGAGUGUAUGACUCCUUUGCAUUACACAGCAACAACAAAUGAUAACCUUGCUUUAUUAGAAAAUUUUUUAUCAGUCUGUCCUGAUUCUAUUACAGAUGUGACAACACGAAAUGAAACCGCUCUUCAUAUUGCCCUCAAAUACGACAAUUUGGAGGCUUUUAAAUUCUUGGUGGGAUGGCUCCUAAGGAAGUGGCCUUAUUGGAGGAAAAUCCUGGAGCAGAAGGAUGUGGAAGGCAAUACUGUAUUGCACAUUGCAGUAUCUAGAAAUCAAACACAGGCUGUGUCUCACUUACUAGAUUGGGGUGGGAGAUUUGUGAACAUAAACGAGAAGAAUUUAGAGGGUAAAACAGCGUUGGACAUCUUGGAAGGACAACGAAGACAAGGAGUAGACAACAGCGAGAUGAGGGUUAUACUAGAGAGUGCUGGAGCUUUAAUAGCUUCAUCUCUUCCUACUGUUACUUCUUCUUAUGCACAUUAUCUAAGGAUGCCCGGAAUUUCUGAGGUACUAAAAAUAACAUUUAUUGGUAAUCAAGUGUCGAAGAGCAUAUCAGACGAAAAGCGCAAUGCGUUGCUGGUUGUUGCGGCACUGCUUGUAACAGUGACCUUUCAAGCGGCAAUCACCCCUCCUGGGGGACUUUGGCAAGAUGAUCUGUUCAAACCCAAUACCACAGAUGUACUCCGACGUAGCCCAGAUGAUCUGUACAAAUUGAAUAUCACAGCACCACAUAGAGCAGGGUCAGCCAUUGCUUGGAACACAAAACGUUUUGCGAUUUUCGUGGCUUGUAAUUCUGCUAUAUUUUAUUCCUCAAUCGUAGUAAUGGUUGUCCUCGUUCCACCAGCCGAAUUCGUUGGCAUCAUUUUAGCCCUAUUCUCUCUAUUCCUCAUUCUCAGCUAUUCUUGUUCAAUGGGGACCAUAACCCAGGGUUCAGACCAGUCCGCAAUAAUUUUUUUUUUUUUACCAAUUAUUUACUUCAUAUUAUUAGUCAUUAUAAUCAUUGCAAUUAUGGGGUCAAAUUAUUUACUGAAUCUUAUAAGGAAGGAAAAACUAAAAAAAAAAUAUAGCCGAGCUUAGAGCUAUUGCAUCUAGAAUGUGUAUCAGUUUGUAUUUUUGUUUACUAAGAAAUUUCGAGAAUAAAAUUUAGCUUAUAUAGGCAUGGUUGGAAGUACCCAACGCCAUCUAUGAAUAUAAUGUAUGUAUGUAUGUAUAAUAUUAUUGCA